AACCAAUAGUUUACAGUCAAACGAAGGAAGCCAACAGUGAAAUGCGCUCGUCCUCAGUCGAUUUAAUUGAGGAGGACUUUGGCUUGAUACAUGUACCAGCAUUCAUACUUCCUUGGAAGUCGAAGCAAUUGACUACGCAUCUAGUUGAUGAUUACUGAGGCACAAAAGUUUGCAUGGCUUCACCUAAGGUUUGGUGGGAUGUUGCCAAAAAGUGUUUUACAGUUGGCCUCAUAUCCCUGACUAUUUCUGACCGAUUUUGCUCUAUCACGCAUAUAUUAGGACACUCUAUGUCUCCAACAUUUAAUCCUGCACACAGUACUUUCGAUGACUAUGUUUUGGUGGAGAAAUAUUGCCUCAGGAGGUACAACUUUUCAUGCGGUGAUGUGAUAGUUUUCUCCUCUCCAAGUAAUCACAGGGAAAAACAUGUGAAGAGGAUCAUGGCUAUGCCUGGUGAUUGGCUCACUCUGUCUGAUCCAUAUGAUAUAGUGAAGAUCCCUCAUGGCCAUUGUUGGGUGGAGGGAGACAAUUCAGCUUCCAGUGUGGAUUCAAGAUCUAUUGGUCCACUACUUCGCUUUUAUGCCUAUUAUGCAACAAAUUAUCCAUGGCAAGAGCUUUGCCAAUAAGAGCUUUGGGAGUAGGUUCUUGUUUUCAUCAUCUAAGUCGUUUUUUCUCAUGGUUUGCAAUAAAACUAAGGUUUUAUAAACAAAAUCUCUUUAGUUUAAGAAUGAGCUGGCGAAGCACGUUGCUGCUGGUGGCGUUCAGAAGUAGGUCGUGGAAACAGGCAACCCUUUAUAUCUGAAGAAGGUGAAUUUUGGUGGUUCGAAAUUGUGAGUGCGGGUUUACCAAUUGAAUUGUUGGAACGAAAUUGUUGUAUGUAUGCUUGAAUUUGUUCGAAAAUAAAGUACAUUUAUUUGCUUGAAAUUGUUCGAAAAUAUUGUGUAUUUGGUUGAAAUGGGUCGAAAUUGUUGUGAAUUUGUGUGAAAU